CAAAUACCAGCAUUAUACAAAAUGCAAUCGUUUAAGGCCGAUGAAUUACCCGAGAAUCCUCGCGAGACUUCGAAUCCGCUAUCGACUUUAAUGUUUUGUUUUACAAUGCCCACGUUUUUCAAGGGCCGCAAAAAAGAUUUGGAUGAAAAAGACCUUUAUCGGGCCUUGAAGGAGCACAAAUCAGAUACCAUGGGAGAAAAGCUUAGCUACGCCUGGGAGCAAGAGGUUAUAAACAGCCGAAAGAAAGGCAAAGAUCCCAGUCUCAUCAAGGCCACCACAAAAGUGUUUGGAUUAUACUACAUGUUUUUGGGCAUCUUAUUGUUUGUCUUUGAGAUUUGUCUCAGGUGUUCGCAGCCAUUGUUUCUGGGGUCUCUGGUGGCCUACUAUGCCAACUCGGGGAGUAGCGAUGAGGAUCAGUCAAAGGGUUACCUUUAUGCCCUGGGAGUUAUUUUGACCAGCGCUGGCAGUGUAUUUCUCAUGUAUCCCAAUGUCAUGGGCAUAGUGCAUACGGGCAUGAAAGUUCGUGUGGCCAUUUGUAGUAUGAUUUAUCGGAAGACAUUACGUUUGAGUAAGUUAGCCUUGGGUAACACUACGACGGGUCAGGUGGUUAAUUUAAUAUCGAAUGAUGUGGGUCGCUUGGAUACUUCGGUAAUGCAUAUGCAUUACAUAUGGGUGGGACCUUUGGAACUCAUAUUGGUUAGCUUUUUCAUGUACAGGGAGAUUGGUCCCAGUUCCCUGAUUGGUGUGGCCGUCAUGCUUUUAUUUGUGCCCCUGCAAGGCUAUUUGGGCAAAAAGACAUCUGUAUUGCGUUUGCGCACUGCCCUCUGCACCGAUGAGCGUGUGCGUUUGAUGAAUGAAAUCAUAUCGGGUAUACAGGUCAUAAAAAUGUAUGCCUGGGAAAUUCCCUUUGGCAAAAUGGUAGCCCAUGCCCGCCUCAAGGAAAUGAAGGCCAUUCGCCUGGUCAACUACAUACGUGGCAUAGUGGGCUCGUUCAUCAUGUUCCUUACCAGAAUAUCGGUAUUCAGCAGUUUGGUGGGCUAUGUUCUUUUGGGACAAUUUCUGAGCGCUGAGAAAGCCUUCGCUGUCACUGCUUUCUAUGGCAUUUUGAGAACCACAAUGACAGUUUUCUUCCCCAUAGCCAUUACCCAGGUGGCCGAGACAUUGGUAUCGUUCAAGAGAAUUCAGAAUUUCAUGCUUCUGGAAGAAACCGAGUUGAUGGAGAAGAAGGAAAAGGGAAAUGGUUUUGUACCAGCCAUAACUAAUGAAAAUGGAAAAAGUUUGGAGCAAGUUGAAAAACCAUUUGCAGAAAAGGAGCCGGGAGUUGUAAUAACCAAUAUGACCGCCAAAUGGGAUAGAAAAGCGCUGGAGAAUAAUUUGGAUAAUGUAACCUUGGAGUUUAAGCCCAGACAAUUGAUAGCAGUUAUUGGUACAGUGGGAUCGGGCAAAUCCACUUUAAUACAAACAAUAUUGGGUGAAUUACCCCCAGUUUCUGGCUCGAUCUCUGUAAAUGGUACAGUUUCCUAUGCCUCUCAGGAGCCUUGGCUAUUCACGGGUACAGUACGACAAAAUAUUCUCUUUGGUCAACCAAUGGAUCGGAGGCGUUACAAUAUCACCAUAAAGAAAUGUGCUCUGGAGAGGGAUUUUGAGCUGCUACCCUAUGGUGAUAAGACCAUUGUGGGUGAACGCGGUGCCUCAUUGUCAGGUGGUCAAAAGGCGCGCAUUAAUUUGGCCCGAGCUGUGUAUCGUCAGGCAGAUAUCUACCUGCUGGAUGAUCCUUUGAGUGCUGUGGACACCCAUGUGGGGCGUCACCUUUUCGAUAAGUGCAUGCGUGGCUACCUACAGGAUCAUAUUGUGGUAUUGGUAACACAUCAACUGCAAUUCCUUGAGGAGGCUGACCUCAUAGUCAUCCUCGACAAGGGACAGGUGCGUGCUGUGGGCACUUAUGAAUCCAUGCGCAACAGUGGCAUAGACUAUGCCCAAUUAUUGUUACACGAUGAGAAUGGUGUGGAAAAGGAGUUGGAAGACAAAAUUGAAGAUGGCGAUGGGGAGCAUAAAAAACGCUCCAUGAAGCAAAGACAAAUAAGUGUUAGCUCAGUGGGUUCGAAUGCCGAAUCCGUGCAACAAGAUGAGAAAGAGGCCCCCAAGCAAACACAAGAAUCAAUGGAACAAGGGAAAAUCGGUUUCUCCAUAUACAAAAGAUAUUUCGCCAGCAGUGGCAACUAUCUCAUACUAUUUGCCAUGAUCUUCUUUUGUAUAGCGGCUCAAGUGUUGGCUUCUUCUGCCGACUACUUUCUUUCAUAUUGGGUAAACAAGAAUGAAAAUCAACUUCAGCAAUCCGGGGAUGACGAUGUAAAAACCGAUCCUGUGGACAUCUACAUAUUUACCGCCCUGAAUGUGGCUGUGGUGAUAUUCGCUUUGCUACGCAGUGUCUUGUUCUUCAAUGUGGCCAUGAAUGCCUCUACCAAGCUGCAUAAUCAAAUGUUCCUUGGCGUCACGAGGGCUGCUAUGUAUUUCUUCAACACCAAUCCCACGGGUCGCAUAUUGAAUCGUUUUUCCAAAGAUAUGGGCCAAGUCGAUGAACUCUUGCCUCAAGUCAUGAAUGAUUGUGUGCAAAUCUUUCUCGCCUUGUUUGGUAUCAUAGUGGUGCUGUGCUUGGUUAAUCCUUGGAAUCUUCUAUUUACGGUUAUAUUGAUGACCAUAUUCUACCUUUUGCGUUCAUUCUACUUGAAGACAUCGAGGGAUGUGAAGCGUUUGGAGGCAAUAACACGUUCUCCCAUCUAUACUCAUAUGGCGGCAUCUCUGAAUGGCCUCUCCACCAUAAGGGCUUUCGAGGCCCAAGAUAUUCUCAUACAAGAAUUCGACAAUUAUCAGGAUCUCCACAGUUCGGGCUUUUAUCUAUUUGUCACUACAAGUCGUGCGUAUGGUUAUUGGCUUGACUGGUGCUGUGUCAUCUAUUUGUCCAUAAUAACGCUGAGUUUCUUCAUAUUUGCCCCCGAAAAUGGUGGAGAUGUAGGGUUGGCUAUUACCCAGGCCAUGGGUUUAACUGGAAUGGUGCAAUGGGGCAUGCGUCAAUCCGCCGAAUUGGAAAACAACAUGACAUCGGUGGAACGUAUCGUGGAAUAUGAAGAUUUAGAACCCGAAGGUGAAUUGGAAUCGAAACCGGAUAAGAAACCACCUCAAUCAUGGCCAGAGAAGGGUAACAUUGUCUUUGACGAUUUGUGUUUGCGUUAUUCGCCAGAUCCAAAAACAGAAAAUGUUCUCAAGUCUUUGAAUUUCGUCAUUGCACCUUGCGAAAAAGUCGGUAUUGUGGGUAGAACAGGAGCAGGAAAGUCUUCGUUGAUAAAUGCCCUUUUCAGAUUGUCUUACAAUGAUGGUUCCAUUUUGAUCGAUCACAGAGAUACCCAAGAAAUGGGUUUACAUGAUUUAAGAUCUAAAAUAUCGAUUAUACCCCAAGAGCCAGUGCUGUUCUCGGGUUCAAUGCGUUAUAAUCUGGAUCCAUUCGAGGAAUACUCAGAUGCCAAAUUGUGGGAAGCCCUAGAGGAGGUUAAACUCAAGGAAGUUGUUACCGAUUUGCCCAAUGCUUUACACAGCACCAUCACCGAGGGUGGCACCAACUUCAGUGUGGGUCAACGCCAACUGGUUUGCUUGGCUCGCGCCAUUCUUCGUGAGAAUCGCAUACUUGUUAUGGACGAGGCCACCGCUAAUGUGGAUCCCCAAACGGAUGCCCUGAUACAGACCACCAUACGUCAUAAAUUCCAUAACUGUACAGUGCUCACCAUUGCUCAUCGCCUGCAUACCGUUAUGGAUUCGGACAAAGUUUUGGUCAUGGAUGCUGGCCGUGCCUUGGAGUUUGGCUCACCCUAUGAACUACUCACCGACUCCAAAACAGGGAUUUUCCACGGCAUGGUUAAGCAGACGGGCAAUGCCACCUUUGAGAGUUUAUUUAAAAUUGCCCAAAAGGCACAUGAGGAUAAUUUGCAUGGCAAAAAGGACCUAUAGCAAUGUUCUAGAACAGACAAAAAACACUCUUCGUGUUUUUCGCUUGGGCAAGGAAUAGCGUCAAAACGCUGUGGAAAUUCCAGCCUUAUGUCCGUGCAAAAUUUAUUCUAAGUAUUUCACAUUCAAUUUAUUUAGGCUAAGAAACGAUUUAAGAGUUCAGUUGUAAU